AUGGGCCGCUACAGAAGCCGUAGUCGCGACAGGGACAGGCGGCGCAGGUCGCGCACUCGUUCGCGGAGCAGGUCACCGCGCGAUCGGAGGAGCUGGGGCAGCGGCGGACGCGACAGACCCUCCAGCAGUCGGAACAGUCGCGGGCAACCGGGCGCGAAUCUGCGGAAGCCGCGAUGGGACCUGAGCCGGCUGGAGCCCUUCAAGAAGGACUUCUACAUUCCUCAUCACGCGGUGCAGAAUCGGGAUUUGCGCAUCGUGGAGCAGUACCGGGCCGAGAAGGAGAUCACUCUCAGAGGCAAGAGCAUCCCGAAUCCUGUUCUCGACUUCGACGAGGCAGGCUUUCCGGACUACGUCAUAAGAGAGAUCAAAAGACAAGGCUUCAGCGAACCUACGUCGAUACAAGCGCAAGGAUGGCCCAUCGCACUGAGCGGACGGGACAUGGUGGGCAUUGCGUCCACAGGAUCCGGGAAAACGUUGUCCUACAUACUGCCCGCGAUAGUUCACAUCAACAGCCAGCCGAAAUUAAGUCGCAAAGACGGGCCUAUCGCUUUGGUAUUGGCGCCUACGCGAGAGCUCGCCCAGCAGAUUCAGCAGGUGGCCGAUGACUUUGGACAUUCGUCGGGCAUCAGGAACACCUGCCUGUACGGCGGAGCGCCGAAGGGCGCUCAAGCCAGGGAUCUGGACGGCGGGGUGGAGAUAGUCAUCGCCACACCCGGUAGAUUACUGGAUUUCCUCGAAUCCGGGAAGACGAAUCUGAAGAGAUGUACAUACUUGGUACUAGACGAAGCUGACAGGAUGCUGGACAUGGGAUUUGAGCCGCAAAUCAGAAAGAUCAUAGAACAAAUUAGACCAGACAGACAGACGCUAAUGUGGUCAGCCACGUGGCCUAAGGAAGUAAAAAAUUUAGCCGAGGACUUUCUUAAAGAUUACGCUCAAAUCAAUGUCGGUUCUUUGCAACUUUCAGCAAAUCAUAAUAUAUUGCAAAUAAUUGAUGUAUGUCAGGAGUAUGAGAAAGAGACUAAAUUAAGUACUCUAUUGAAAGAGAUAAUGGCGGAAAGUGAGAACAAAACCAUAGUGUUUAUCGAAACGAAGCGUAGAGUGGAUGAUAUAACGAGAAAGAUGAAACGCGACGGUUGGCCGGCGGUUUGCAUUCACGGCGACAAGACGCAACAGGAACGAGAUUGGGUUUUACAAGAUUUCAGAUCAGGCAAAGCACCAAUCCUUGUUGCUACAGACGUUGCCGCACGUGGACUUGACGUUGAAGACGUCAAGUUUGUCAUCAAUUUUGACUAUCCCUCCUGUUCCGAGGAUUAUGUCCAUCGUAUCGGACGUACCGGCCGCCGACAGAAGACCGGCACGGCGUACACCUUCUUCACGCCUAACAACGCCAACAAGGCCAACGAUCUGAUACAGGUGCUGAAGGAAGCGAAUCAAGUGAUAAAUCCGAAGCUGCUGGAGCUCGCCGACAGUAAAGCUGGCGGCUACGGCAGAAACAGAGGUGGAAGAAAUCGAUGGCGAUCACGAGGCGGCGGUGGAGGAGGCGGUGGCGGCGGCGGUCGUAACGGAAAGGAGCGCAGCUAUUCGCGAAGCAGAAGUCGAAGCUACAGCAGAGAACGCAACGGCCGCGGCAGUCGACGAAGCUACAGUCGUAGCUACUCGCGGAGUCGUAGUCCCAUCAGCAAUCGUAACGAAGUUAUCGGCAAGAGUUAUUGGAGUAGCGAGAGAUGAUCUUCCAGCGGCUGAUAAAGAAUGUGUGUAUGUUAAAACGCAGGUAAUUUUUUUCUUUUUUUUCGAGAGAGAGAGAGAAAGAGAGACGUUACGAUCGGUAAUGAAUCGUCUCAACGAAAUAUCUGCUAGAGUAGUAAUCUCAGCGAGAUUCGCGAGAGAAACGACAUCUCUAUGCCGAAUUCGGGAAACGAAUUGGAAAACGCUCUACUAUUAUAAAUCGUCUAAAUUCUUCUAGUGUACUCCGCCGAAUUCGGCAGCCUGAUGCUCAUCGCGAUUGAAUGGGUAGUUCGUCUACGACUACGAAUUUUUUACAGCCUCGGUAGUGCUCUGACCAUCUCAUGUAAGAGAAACUUUUAACGCGGGUGUGCAUGAACUUGACCAGCGAGAUUUACCGUGUACUUGCUAGUGAUAGAAGUGGUGGAGAAUAUGCUAUUUCAUAUCUUUUACUUCCUUUUGCAUCCCCAUGCCGCAUCUCUUCCUUUUCAAGCGUUAUCAAUAUACAUACCGGUCUAUAGGUACACUAGGUAAUGCAUAAACUACCGUUUAUACAUUUUUUUUUAUAAAACUUUAUGCUAUCUCUCACGUUAAUCCUCAUCCACGCUCAUCCGGUAAUACAAAAGGGCUAGGCUGUACGUGAACAAAUGAUGACGAUAUAAAUCUAUUAUCACUAUUUGCGCAUUGAACUUCCAGUGUAUAACGGUGUUUAAUUAGUAUUUAUAGAUCAUAAUAAAUUAUAGAUGUCUAGCGCGCGCUUAUUUGUAAUUCAUCUGUCUGUAUUCAGGCAAUUACGACAAACGAUAGUAACACUCGAUGUACAGUAUUUCAAUGACGUGAUAAAUAAAUUCGUAAAUGUCUGCAUUAUUUCAUAUUAUCUCUAAUAUCUUGCGUGCAUGCUUUCUGUGUGGGACUUGUGUUCGUCUCUUCCAACGAUCGCGUUGCGUCAAUAAUCUACUUACCUAUAAUGAAAACUUGGCGACAUUUGUAAAUUGUAUGCUGUUGAUUUAGCAAAGAAAUAAGUUGAAAGCAGAAAACAAGAUGAAAACUUGUGAUCGUCGCGCGCUUCGUUAAUUCACCGCUGAAACUUUUUUAGGAGAGUGACAGCCAAAGUGACUCACGUGGUAGGGGUCGGUUUUUUUCGCCUGUUCCGUUUAAUUUAAUUUUUAUCUUAAUUACAGUGGUAGUAACUUAAAGAUCUUACGGUAAUUUUAGAAUACCGAAUUCCGUUUGGCCUCUCAAUCCGGUGUUCUCAGUGCGUCAAUCUUGUUUCGUUUUCGCUUUGCGGACGGGGGCCGAUACUCUGCGGCCACUCGUAGCGUAGUGCUUGACGACCAGGAACGAUUAUUACUCGACCAAUAAUAUAAGAUGUACACCGGUGUAAUUGACGAUCUAAUAAGUUCAGUGGGGAAGAUUCCUUUCGUUCUUUUUUUUUUUAUCGGACUAUGUGCCACGAUACAAAUUUAUUAUGUUACACAUCUUGGAAUAUCGUGCGCUUAAAUGCACUCACGAAUCACAAACAUGCAAUAUCUUUCUUACGUUCUCGAGACGCGUGAUCGCUCGAGUCGAUUGUUUUUUCCCCGCCGCUUUCGCCAAGGGGGGAGGACACAAUCUUUUACGAUUAUUGUGGACAACGUACAAUAUCCGCUCGUCGAUACUUAUUCCGGGGCGAGCGCGGUUUUCAAGGGAUUAAUCGAGAUGGAGGGGAGGGGAAAGAGGUGAUCUCGAACGACUCGAUCGCGAUUACGAGGUGGUCCACACGCGCGGUCUCGACCGAAAGCUUUCGGGUUGCACAUUCGAAUCGAAUCAAAAGACACAGUAAAUUUCUAUCAACCAUCGCGUUUCACACAGUUUAAAUUGAUGAUGGUUCGACAUAAAAAUUUACUGUGCCUGUCACUUUCAGAAUGCUGGACUCAGCAUUCAUAUCCGUAGGAUGCACCGUGUAUGUUAUACUUCUGGCCGAGGCCGCACCGGCGGAUCCGCUCGCCGUCCAUUUCGUGAUUGUAAGAAAACGACACACCGCCGAUGUUCCAAUCGUAACGUUAAUUAACGAGUACGAUUUUCCCAUCGGGCUGUAGCCUCGCGAUACAACGUGCCGCGGAUAAACGCAUUUCCUCGCGGAAACGUACAUGGAUAUUUGUACGUGUGUGCACACGCGUGUAACAAGCUCCUUGCAGUUGAGUUGAGAGGGGUAAAGGAGGGAUUUAUUUUUUUUUUUUACAGGGCUCAGCAUGCUUCGUUCACAUAUAUUACAACGUACGCAUAUAACAAUAACAUUAAAAUCCUUUUAGGUGUGUCUUCGGACAUGGGAGAGAGAGAGAGAGAGAGAGAGAGAGAGAGAGCUAUGGCGCGCUUAUAAUUAUAUCCUCGAUACAACAGGAUCGUACUUUGUGUGCGUGCGAGGGUCAUAUAUUUCAUGUGUUAUGUGUAAUAAGUUCGCGUGUGUAUAUGUGUCUAUGGUGAGACACUAUGUGUUUCUCGGGUCGUGUGCGAAUCGAUCUCGCCUGGACCCGAAGUUAGAGCUCCAAGCAAGCAAGUGACGAGUGUGAGGGGUGAGGGUGAAAAUUUUACACGGUCGUCCUUAACUUCCGGUCACCGUGUAUCCUCCUCAGCGUGGACGCGAACGCCAGCUUCCGAUCUCCGUUCCGGAAUCCGCUUUCAGCUCUUCUCUUUCUUUUCAGCACUUUACUCACGUUGGAAGAACUGAGGAGGAUACCCGCGUCUGUCGGUGACACGUGUGCCUGCAGCGCGUGCGUGCAGCGGAUUCGAUGAAAUCUAUAAUUAAACGUCAGUCAAUUGUCCGCAGCCGUUAAGGUACUCAGAGAGCCUCGUCUUCAAGAUCCAAGGAGCAGCGGCUUCUCGAAGAGAGGAAGCGAACCGGUGAUGGGAGACGAGACAACGCGUUGGAAGCGGUUCUCGGUCGCAAAUUAAACAUACAAAUCGAGUUCAAUCCCUCGCUUUUAACAUAAGCUACGUUAAUGCAAAUCAAACGAAUAUAUAUAUAAAACCCAGGAAUAUAGUAUAGUCUCUCGGAGAGAGGAUGUUUCUCCUCGCUCGUUACAACUGCUCUGUACAAUUGCGGUGUUAAGAGAUCUCGUGGUAUUUUACGCGCAAAACGAUAUAUAAUCUCUCGAUCGACUUGUGGCUUCUCGCGUGAGUGGAAACGAAGCGAAAUAUUCCGAAAUUCAUGACGCAUCUGUCGAAAUUGGUUUUUCUCUUUUCGAGAAUGGCGUGAAAGAUUUCGCGCGGAUCAUCCUAUUAGCCUGAUCCUUGAUUAGCCCUGCGAGAGAUUCCGCAGCUGUUUAAGUUCGUUAAUUCGGACCGUGGCGACGCACCGGAUGAAUUUCGCGCAUGGCACAGACACCUUGCGCGCGGAUACGGCCAUCGGGAGGCUCGUUUAAACGCACACACACCAUCGCGAUUUAUUAUAUGUAUGUACAGCCAACGAGGCGCAGGACAGAUUACGCGCGAUCUAUCGCCGAUCUCUACGUGUAAUCGCUUCGCAAAUACUGGCUUUGUGUCCCUUUAAGUCUCUCACGUAGGACACAUACGGAGAGACAUCCCUAAAUAUACACGGGUGUGUGUCGCACCCGCCCCGCGGAAGCUUCACCCGCGGAAGCCGGUAAUAUCGGGUGUUUACGCGGAAACCACGAUGUGUCCACGCGUACUAUAUCCAAACCGCACAUACACGUAGACACGAUACAGAUAGGCACGGAGUAAAAUACCGAGUGAACUUAGCAGGAAAACAGGAAACCGAGGAUGACCAUCGGGCCGUCUACACUAUGCGUCUACCGAUCCGAUUAUACUAUACAAGAAUACGUUGAAACAAUCGGUAUAAAGAAUGAGAAGAAUUGGGUGUUCCUUCCGAUUAUUGCUUCACAUCACGUUCGUGAUUAAUACUGCACAGUUAUUGUUCGUCUACUUGGAUUACGUCAUUACGAUAUUGGUUCGGAUACCUUACGCAUAGUCGCGCAACUGGCACCGGGCGAAUCGCUCCCGAUUCCUACGUGUACAAUCCGAAUUCUACGCAAAUACGUCAGCGCUCUUCUCGGGAUUACACGAGGUGAGAGGUGGGAGAGCUUGAUGACGACUUACGAGUCGAGAGAUUACAGUGUGCACUUGUUCGCUUCUGUUCCGAUUUCACCAAUGCUCAAUGUUGAAUUUCCAGGAAAACGAUAAUCGGGUCAUCGCUCGGCGUCACCGAGACGAACUAUUGAACUAUUAUCCAUGAUGAGAGAGAGAGUGAGUCUCCUUCCCGAAAGGGUCGAAGAGAAACAAAUUCGUGCGAAUGUAUCCUCGAUUGCCGAGAUCGUGCGAAUGAAAAAUAAUUCUCGCCUGGCUAAUGAUGCGGUUUCCAUCCCUCCGGGGAUUUUAAAGAAGCCCGCCUAAACGUUACUCGAAUAAUCCCUCUAAUAGUGUGAAUCGUGACGUAAAUAUAAACUCGUUACCCUCGCACAGCUUGAUAAUCCCUUUACGGUAAUUACUUUUGAAAAGUGCGGCGAUUCGUUAUAAAAAAACACAGUCGUGAAUGACAUAUCUGCAUUUUUACGACGAUUAAAUCUUUCAUGAGAACGCGUUCCGUUCUUUCUUCGCGCUUCAUGGAACCAGAUUGGCAUGUUGCACCUCGAGACAGAUUCACUUUGCGCUAUUUAUAAAGACGAAUGUCGGAUGUCAGAACGACGGAAUCGAUUUAUAAGUUUUCUCGCGUC